AUGUCGUGUGAGUCUUUGUACCGGGGGAUGAGCUACCUGCAGAAGCAGAGCGACCUCGGCCCUACCAUCACGACACCCACCAAGGCCGAGAUAGAAGAGUGCUCUGAGAAUGAUCGGUUCUUGGGGCUUUCGCCCGAGACGGCUGAGCUGUGGAAGAACCUGGGCGACACGCCCGACUCGAAAGCCCUAAAGGAAGAGUACCUUCGUGCACAUGGUUUCUCCAGCGGGAGUUGUGGUGGAAGCACGACAUCCGAGACGACGCAGAUUCUGCCGGGUGCGAACAUGCAGGCCACUGCAGUUGCAGCCGUUGCAGCGGGUGAAUCAAGGAAGCGCCUAAUGGAUGAUGCUGAUGAUGCCGGAUUGAACAAGAGGAUGAAGGAUGAAUGUGCUGCUUUGGAGAAGUUUAGGGAUGAGCAGAUGAGCAGGCUACGCGAGCAAAUGCAACAGGAGCUGCUUCAGCAUGAGCAAGCCCUGGCAGAGGCCAGGAAGCAGCAUGAGAUGGCUUUGCAAGCAGAGCAGGAAAAGUACGAGCACCAGAUGAUGAUCCAACAAGCCGAACAUCAGGCUGCAAUGCAGGAUGAGAAGGACCAGCACGAACACAACCUUUGCUUGCUCAUCGAGCAAGCCUCGGCGGCCAAAGCGGAAGCCGACCGAGCGCAGAAUCCUGUACCCAAGCAGGCAGCUGCUCCGCCUGCUCAACCCAAGCCAGAUGUUGGGGAUGCUAAAGCAAAGCUUCGUGCAAAGCUGGAAGCCCAGACACCGGGGCCAGGCCCGAUGCCCGAUCAGCAGGUUCCGCCUCGUACGCAGAACCAGCUCACCCUGCAGCAGAACCCGUCUCCGGCCCAGAACCAGCUCGCUGUGCAGACCGCUAUGCCUUCUGCCCAGAACCCACCGCCUGCCCACAACCAGCUGACUGUGCAGACCGCUCCGCCUCCGGCCCAGAACCAGCUUGCUCUGCAGACCGCUACGCCUGCUGCCCAGAACCAGCUUGCUGUGCAGACCGCUACGCCUCCCCCACAGGGCAUUGGUAAUGGACCCUUCAACUCCUCCACCCAUCCAGCUGCAUGGGGGGCUUUGUACCGGAUCACACGGGCGCCGGAUUGCUUGCAAGAGAUCCGCCAAGCAUGGGAUGGAGGAGACUUCCAACGCCAAAACCUGCUCCGGGACUUCAUUGGCAGCUACUCUUGGAAAACAGAAGCUGAGAUGCGGAAGCCACCUCUCGAGUGGGAGGACUUGUAUGACCCCAACAUCCGCAAGUUCCUGGUGUUGGUUCGUGAUGAUGUUGAAUCUGCAGAAGAGAAGCUGCAGGAGCUACAGCAAGAAAUGGCGCAAAUGGGACUCCUUAACAGCGACUUCGAGCUGGGCGACAUUAUGGAAGAGCUGGAGGGUGACAGCAGCACUGAGAACAAGCCCGUGCCAAGCAAGAAGCGCCUGGCCGAGUACCCCGUGGUGGAAGGUGAAGAGACCAUCCAGGAAUACUUAGGACAAUACAGACGUGCGAUCCUAUCCCGCAAAGCACUCCUGAAGGGUGCACGUGAGCGGUUGGAGAAGGAGGGAGCAAAGGGCCAUGACUCACUUUGCCAAGACGGCUGCGAAGAGCAAGGCCGUCACAUCAAAGAAUGUGAUUCCGACCAUGUGGAGAAUGUGUUGAAUGCCUAUGUGGAAUCUUCCGGGAAAAGGGCGGCCAAACUGGCUGUUGACUUUGCAAAAGUGGUGCUGUCUGGCCAAUGGGCGCCAAAGCUUUUGGCUGGGCAUCAUUUGGCAGACAAGGUGUGGGACACCGGCGACGACCUGUGUUGCAGCUAUCCUGGGGCUGGGAACCGUAUCUUGGACAAGCUCUUUGAUGAAAUGGCACGAUCCCUUCGCAGAGCAUACUGGGCGGGUAUUACAGUGGGGGAUGUUACCUUCCACCUAGUGCCGCUUGGAUUGUCUGGGGAUCACAUUUUCCAAACAAAGGCAUACAGGGCUAUCAGGCACCAUACGUGCAAUGAGAUUUGCCCGCACUGCCUGGCCAACGUCAGUGAUGUACCCUUUGAGCAUAUUCACAUGAGUGCUACCUGGACGCAGACUGUGUUCAAAUGUGUGCCAUGGACCAAAACGCCUGCUUUUGCUGCUAUUCCUGGUGGUGACGAACCCAGCUUCAUACAGUUUGAUUUGAUGCAUGUGCUUCCACAUGGUUGUGGUCGGACGUUUAUUGCUUCGGUGAUAUGUAUGAUGGCUGGACCGCUUGCAUUGUUUGGGCCGACAUCCAAGCAGACAUCGAGGGCUACUCGGUUGCAUGAGGCUUUCACGAGUUUUUCUUCCUACUGUGAGGCACAGGGUCUCCAUCCCCGUGACAUGCAAGAAUUCACAAUCGACAAUUUGGGCUGGGAUACCAAAGCAAGCUUUCCGGACUGCAGUUGCAAAGCCAUGGAUUGUGUUAUGAUGUUCCAAUGGUGCAUCGACCUGCUCUCGAGUGUGCCAUUUGCAAGGAAUGAUGCUUUGGAUUGGGCCUAUGCUGGCUGCUGCGGUUUUGAUGAUUUCAACAGGCUAUGCUAUUGUUCCGAGGAUCGAAUUUUCUGGACACGAGAGGAGGCCAAGCAAGGGUAUGCACACCUACGAAAGUUUUUGAAGGCCUACCGCGCGCUUGCAUUCUACUGGCACCAGCAUUCCUGGACUUUGUUUAACAUUGUUCCCAAGUUUCACUUUGCUGCUCACUGGCUCUGGUCUUUGCAUGAGUUCCUCCAGAGUGACCUUUUGUGGUGUCUCAAUCCGGGGGCUUUUGCAACUCCGAUGAUGGAAGGGUUUGUGGGCUACACGUCCCGCAUAUCCAGAACUACGCACCCGUCUGCUGUAGCAAUUGGCACAAUCCGAAAAUAUUUGGUGGAAGUUCGAAAAGCAUGGCUGUCAAAUGACUGA